AUGAAGGACUCAGACCGGCGCCCACCGUUCACCAGGUCGCACAAGAUUCAGAGGUGCGGUGGUAAAUUCCAUCUUCUCAUCGGGGUAACUGGAAGUGUAGCAGUCAUAAAGCUUGAGGAGUUGAUCCAAAAGUUAUAUCAUAGCUGUCCUGAAAACAAACUUGUCAUAAAGGUGGCUGCCACUCAGUCAGCCUUGAGCCUUAUCGAGACCCAAGACUUUGAUAUAGAUGAAGUUAUUUACGAAGACAGGGACGAAUGGUCUAUGUGGAGAGGUCGAGGAGACUUGGUGCUUCAUAUUGAGUUGCGGAAAUGGGCAGAUGCUAUGCUGCUUGCACCUUUGGACGCCAACAGUCUUGCGAAAAUUGCUAUGGGACUUAACGAUAAUCUGGUCACUUCCAUAGUAUGUGCUCUUUUGCUUCAUUUCAAAUUUCUCUUGAAAAGUUGUGAUAAAAAAGUACGGGCAUGGGAUCCUCGAAAGCCGCUAUACUUUGCUCCGGCUAUGAAUACUAUGAUGUGGGAAAAUCCGCUUACCUUUCAACACAGAAACACAUUGAAAGACCUUUUACAAUACAAGGUUCGUUGGGUUUUGCCUCAAAUUCCUAAGCUUUGGUAUCUAGUCUUUAACUUCAUUUAGUG